AUUUGACAGACAGCUGACUAUGUCUAAGAUCCUGAAUUUCUUCAUUCAUUGUGUGAGUGAUGGCUCUCCUGAAAAGCAUAAUUUUUUUCAUAACGAGCUGGGAAAGGAAAGCCAAUUGAAAGAUAGAGGGAGAGAAUUAAAAUCGGAGAACACCGUUCUAUUUCAGAAUUUAACAGAUACCUGAGCGAAUACCUCGACACGAAGUUCGAGAUAGAGUCAUUUGACCUGAAACUUUACCGCCUCGUGGAAAUUAGGAAAUCUGGAAUUAGCCUUGUCGCUUGCCUCUAAAGGUAAAAGCUGGUGAGUAAAUGUGUUUUAGAACUAUGACAUUUAAUAAAUUUUUUUAAGAAAUAGUUCAAAUAUAUUUUCAGCAUUUCUCUCGACCGUAACGGAGUGAUAUUAAUCGUUUGCCGAAAAAUCAGAUGGCCAACAUUUGAAUCGUCAGUCGCACCCUCAUAGAUAUAACUACGAAGAAUCUGGCCUGAUUUGUUUCUUUCCAGCCUACAAUUUGUUUAUUUGGCUGCACUAUAAAGGUUCAAAUUUGUUUCGAUAUUUAAACUCGACAACACUUUGAUGAUACUAUGUCCAACCUAUUUAUCAGCGUGUUGCGAAUAUUUUUGCAGAUAUAUAGAGUUAUACAAAGCAACAGUACAGCUUUUUCAAAAAUCCUUAAUUUUAAACUUUUAUGUCUGCGACUCAAAACCGAGCAAGGUUACAAACGGCAUAUCCAGAUUCAUUUAUCUGCUAAUUGUUUAAAAGCGUUAUAAAGUGAAGUGUUCCAACGGGUAUAUUGGAUAUCUUGAUUAUCGCAAAGGGGUCUCAAGAGCUGUGCUUUAAAAAACAUGCAAGAGGAUUAAAUAACUUGGUUUUUAUCCCUAUAAGUUUAAGAUUACUUUACUGUUAUGUUUACCUAGUGUAGUUGUCAAUGAAAGAGUACACAGUUAAUUCAAUCGAGAAAAAAGAUUAAAAUGAGCUCAUUUAGUCCUGGCACAGAUAAUUUUCUCAUCCUUCUCAGUGGUCGUUUGAUGCGCAAGUGCGAGAAAUACACUGUUCAUAUUUAUCUGAAUCUGAACGGUAUUUCAUAUGUUGGAAAUCUUUGAAUUAAAGUUAAAAACUGUAUAUCAUAUCAUUUCAUUGAUAUAGGGGCUAAAGCGUUGUAAACUUUAUAGUUCCCUCUAGACAUCAUUUCAGCUUCAGUUGACUGUGGUAACCUGCGGAAGAGCUUCACGCCUCAGAAGAAGACUCAUCAGAGUCAGUAUAAGAAACAAAGGGUAUUGCUUUCCAAGUAUGUGUAUAAGUUUAUUAAUAUCUAGUUUUAAAUUUUGCCAUUUUAGAAAAGGCGAAAAUGAAUUAUGUCAGGAAAAGUUAGGUGAAGACGUACGCCUCCAUUGUGGCAUUUCAUCACCCUCUUUAUCCUACAGAAUGCAGAAUAAGCUCUGAAAUUACAAUAAGCUAGCCUACGACCAAAGUUAAUUGCCGAAAACUAAGCACAAGUAUCAUCGAAUGUUCCUUAUUUGUAAAGUUUCCUAGUUAGGUAGUUUUUUCACGUUUCAAAAUAUAAAAUAAUUUUAAAUAGAUCAAACGGGUGUUUCGCCUGAUGUCAAAAGGGAAGUCCAGUGAAAACUACUCCACAUUUUUCCUUUCCUCGUAGAUACGUCUUCAUGUAAAAACCUUUCAGCUUUUGAACCAAGACUGUUUGAUUUAUCAUCCCAUCUUCUUUAUAUCAAGUGCAAGCUGUAAAAAAUUGAAGGAAAAUUAAAUUGCCAUAUCAGUCUCUUUUCUCGUAAACUAGCAGCUUGUGAAAAAAGACUUUAAGAAUAGAGAGGGGAGAGACGGAAUCUAAAACGACAACGUUUCGUUUUUUUUACUUACCCAUGGAGGAAUUUUCUCCUCAGAAACAUUGGAGUGGAUGAUUAUUUCCCUUUUGUCAUUAAUUUCAAAUGGAACGUCAAAACUGCAAGUCUGCCUCGACGAACUUGCUUUAUAUGAUAUUUUAUCACAUAAACUGCGGUGUUAUACAGGGAUUUCUGGCCCUGAGAAAAGCUGUAACAACACACGUGAAAAAAUAUUGUAUUUUUUCACGUGUGUUGAUAUAGCCAAUCAGCUACUGAACGUCACUUGCCUUUGGCGCCACUCGGUCAGGUUGAUGAAUGAAUGGCAAAGUCUUCACGAUUCUCAAUACAAGUUGUUUAUCGGAGCUUUCGCGAAUUAGGGCGGCUAAAACACUUUAAAAAAUCCGUAUCGCUGACAGGCAAUGAGGUUCAAACUUUCCUAGAAGGGGAAGAAAACCAAUAUACUUAAAGAAAAUUACAACCAUUGUUGUUUUUGUUAUCAUGAUUCAACGCAUUUUUCCAUCUUAGGAGUUAGCGCCAACGCACUCUGCGAUUGUCAUUCGGGGUUUGUCGACUCAUAUUUCAUUCAUUGUGUUUAUAUGAUAAACAAAAUAAUACAUGGUUGCUAUCGAGUUAAACGCUCGAAGAGAAAUUCCAUAUUUACGCGAGCCCAUGUAAUAUUCUCUAUGUAUUUCCCAAGUAUUUUCAAUAUUUUUCUUGCUCAUUAAUUUUUUAGGAUUUCAUCAGCUUUCCCAUACUCCCUCGGACUUGUCCAAUAACCCGCCCUUUUAAUUAAUUCUUUUUCAAUGAAAAUACUCACCAUAUUUUCGCAGGUGUCAUAGAUCUGUUAUUCUUCAUAUGGCUGGUCGACAAGCUUCGUUUUUUACUGCGCUGUUUUUCAUUUCUCUCGUGUUCCGUGGCAUUACCAGUCAGCGAUGUCACGAAAUAUACUCCAUUUAUCAAAUGAUGCUUCAGGGCCAUACCUAUAAGACGUUCAAGACUACACCAGGUACGCCGGAAUGCAGAGACAUUUGUCUCGCUGAUGACAGAUGUCAAAGCUUUAAUGUCGUCAUGUUCAUUGCAAUAUGUGAGUUAAACAACCGAACUAAAGAGGCCAGACCAGACGACUUUGUCAAGGACGAGUACAGAUAUUACAUGGCGAAAGGUCCAAAACGAGGUAAUAGAACUUGCAAAUAUAAAAUAGUAGGGUGUGCUUACGUUUAUGGAUUUUGCGUUAUUAGCUACUGAUGUUUCUAACUUUUAUUCAGCUAAAGUGAUCCAUUACCAUUUUAGUUCCCCUAGGAUCAAUCCGUGAGCUGCCUGCUGAAUCGUGCAAGGAAAUCAAGGCGAGUGAAGGAGAACAAGCAGUUAACGCUAAUUAUUGGCUGGAUUCUACAAGAUCUGGGAACUCUAAUUUAGCUCGCUGCGACAUGAAGACAAAAGGUUAGUACAGCAAACAUUCCAUGGCUAUUUGCCUUCGUGCCAAUGAAAGGCCUUCUCUUAAUCAGUUUUCUUUUUAACUAGUUGCAGACUAUUGUGUCAAGCACCAGUGCCAAAACGAUGCAAAGUGUGUCAACCGUGAAACCAACUACUCGUGCGCAUGUAACUCAUCUGGUUGGACAGGAAAAUAUUGCGAAAAAGGUUUUUCUUUCGUUGAAAAAGUUUCUGCUAAAGUUCAUGCGGAACAAGUAGAUGAAAUAACGACAUUAAAAUAACAUAUGCUUAUCCAUAGAUAUCAACGAAUGUAAGGAAGGCUUGCAUGGUUGCCAUGUCAAUGCCAUUUGUAGCAACACUAGGGGAUCCUACAACUGUACAUGCAAACCGGGAUUUAUUGGAGACGGACAAAACAGCUGCAAAGGUAAGGCUUUUAUUGUCAUUUUCAUUAUCAUUAUCAUCUCCAUUAGAAUCCUUUACGACCCCCUUUGCCUCGCCUUCGCCCAAUGUUUUUUUUGAGUCACAGACAGGAAAAUAUUGUGAAAAGGGUUUUUAAUUUGUUGAAAAAGUUUCUGUUAAAGUUCAAACUGAACAAAUAAGAUGAAAGAACGGCAUGCUUAUCUAUAGAUGACAACGAAUGUAAGGAAGGCCUACAUGGUUGUCAUGUAAAUGCCAUUUGUGACAACACUGAGGGCUCAUACAACUGUACAUGCAAACCGGGAUUUAUUGGAGACGGAAGAAACACCUGCAAAGGUAUCGACAAGGACGGAUAUUACAUGGAGAAAGGUCCACAACGAGAUGGUAGAACUUGCUAAGGUUAAGUAAUAGUAAUUCACUAGAGAGGAGAGAGAGAGGACAUUCACUUCCUAGUUCUCUGAUGAGAAUGUAAGUCUAAAAUUCACAUACAAACGUUUCUCAGCAUUGUGAUACAUAUUUGGUAGAGAGAAGUUAUUAGACUACUUAUUUAAGCGCGCUAAGGUAACGUAAAGAAAUGGCAUGGGUCACCUGGCGUUCAUGGAUUUUACGCUGCUUGAUGGUAACGAUUACUAUUCUUAUCCUUUUCCACCACCUCAGCAUGAUCCGCAACCAAAGUCUGCAUUAGUUAUUUCCUAUUGUUUUAGAUAGGGAAGGAAAGCAAUAAACACUGGUAAAGAAGGUAAAGAUGAGCCUAACCGCUUAUUUCAUUUACUCCUAUUUAGAAUGUGGGCCUGUUGGUGUGACAGACAAAAAUACAAUUCCAGAUGUCAAAAUGACAGCGAGCAGUUUUUACGAUAGUUAUCAGUAUCCAUACUACGGCCGACUGAACGAAACCAGGGGAAAAGGAGGGUGGUGUCCGAAGAAUAAAUCUGAUGGAACAGAAUAUCUUCAAGUUGAUAUGGACGAAGUGCGUUCUGUUUGUGGUGUGGCCACACAAGGAGUACUGCGUUUGACUGAAUGGACCACCAGCUACAAACUACGAUUGUCUACAGACGGUAUAACUUGGAGCACUUACAGGGAAACGAAUUUCGAAAAGGUAUGGAGAGAACUGAAAUUAACAUUUUUUGCAAUUAACAAAGUGUUUGAAGUCAAUGCAAAUAAGUAGUAAACAGAAAUACACUCAGUUGCUGAAUUUGGACACUUAUAUUCAUCGGCUACUGCAGCAGAGGACGUCGACGGAAAUGAUAAGCUUGUGAAGUAUGGCGGGUUUGCUUGAAAUCCUGAAAGGUAUCUGAUGUGUCUUUUAUAGAAUGCUUCAAAAGACUUAGGGUCUUUUUUUGCGUGUGGUGCGAGAAGUCGAAGAGAUUUAGAAAUUAGUCGAGCACGUGUUGCUAUGACUUUUCCAUCUAGUAUAUAUAAUUAUAACAUUUCUCAUGACGUUGUUUUCCGGAUUUUGUGAGACAGGAGGUCUCCGUUCCGUCUCUCUUUCUGUCCCUAACCUUGUCUUUGUCAUGGGUUCAUUUGGUUUUCUUUUGUUUUUGUUUUAUUGUUGUUUGUUUAUUUCACUUUUGCAAAUCAUGAUGGUAACAUAAUAUGUGCACGCUGCAAACAAUAGCUUAGAUGUCAGCAGCGUUUGUAUUCGGGAAAAGACUCAACAACAGCCGUCUUACAGCUGGAUAAAGGAACUUAUCGUGUCACUUUGACCAUCUACUUUUGGCUAUCGGAUGAUGAGUAAUAAAAACAUCCAUAAUAAAAAAAAAAAGAGUGAAAAAAGUGACGGAAAAAUGACCUCUGUUUGGAAAGGCCGGGCCCCAAUGCAAUAGAAGACAAAAUUGUGUAAAGAUGUGAGCAGUUAAGACCUGUUCAAAUGGCCCCCGCACUUCCCCUCCCCCUCCUCCCAGCGCCUCCUUACUUAACUGUAUAUAGAAUUGGUGCACCAUACCAACUUGAAGUUGUUCAAUUUCUUUGUUCGUUUUUUUCGGUUUGCUUUAUUCCAGGUGUUCACAGGAAACUCAGAUCAGACCAGCAUCGUGAAACAUUCACUCAGAAAUGACUUCAAAGCCAGAUACGUUCGGUUUUAUCCUGUAACAUUCUAUGCUUGGCCAUCUUUGAGGGUUGAAAUAUUUGAGCUUAAGUAAUACUUCAAAGGGUUAGUAUAUAUGUGUAGUCACUCUCUAACACAAAAACUAAAGGAUAAAAAAUGUAUUCACAGAGUUUAAAAAAAGAAAAUCAACAUUAGCAAGUAAUUAACCUAACAAACUAAUUAACAAACUAAUCAUUCCCAGACGAGAAUCCAGGAUUUUUUGUAGGAGUGGGUGCACCAUAAACGAAUCACCUAACUGACGUCUCUGACGAACAGAAGGGCUGAUACUCGAAAAGUCAGUGCUAACUUACCAUUUUCACUGCGUUUAACAUAAAUUCUGUAACCUCAUGUUUUACUUCAACGCAAAUAAUUCACGCAGUUUUAUUUUUUUAUUGUAUCGUUACUUUUUUUACAAUUAUUUUGCACCAUACUAGUUAUAUAAGAAAGCCUCAGAUUAUCUCAGGGGGAGGUAGGUGUGCACCCCCUGUACUCCUCCCCUAGAUCCGCCUCUGACCACACCCCCUUCGCUGCAGCAUAAUGAAACAGUUAUACAGAAUAAAGGUAAAAUGGAAAAAGUAUUCCUGAUCUGUACGGAAAGAUGUGUAAGUCCACUGUUGCUUUUUCAUUAAGCAUUAUGCUUAGCUGCUAACGGUGUGAGUUUUCUUUUCUCAUAAGUUAGUAGUGUAUGAAAAUAAAAACAAGAGAUACAGUAGAAUCGAGAUUCCUGAGGCAUGGAUACCUGCCGCUUAAAAGCAGAGUACUCAGCCAAAAACAAAGCAGAUUUCCAGGAGAACAACAUUAACUUGUCAAACAUGGGUGAACCAACAGAAGCACGUUAAAACAAACCAAGAACAGCUCAAUAUGCUACACUAAUAGCCAUGGGUGACUAUUCAAUGUCAUUAGAUGAUGAAGAAAAGUAGUAAAGCUGUCGUACGAACGCGAUUUGCAGAUGAUAGCUUGACUCUUCUUAUUAUAGAUUCGCUUUUUUGGGAGAAAACUGGUUUCGUGUCCAUUUAGUACCUAGGAUCUGUUUUUUCAAGCACUCGCUGAUAUUAUUAGCUGAAUCCACCAAAGAGGUCUUCAUACCUCUCUGGUAUUUGAUUUAAAACAUGAAAGAUUGAUCGCAUCAUAUAUUUUAUUCGAACUGUUAGACAGACACGGUUGUAAUAUUAUCUAGUUAAGAAGGAAUUAAAAUUGCAAUAAACUACAGUAAUUCAACUUUUUCUUUUGUGUGUGUGUGAGAGUGUGUGUUACUACGCCUUUUUUUCAAAUUCCAGUCAAACCACAACAGCUUCGAUGGAAGACACCUGUCAAGUUCGAUCGUCGACACAAAACCUGAGUACCGGAGUUUAUGGCCUUACUAAACCAUAACUUGCACAGCUUUUAAGAC